UUGUUCACUUCGUGGUGCUGUGGAGCCAUAUAGGUUGGCGCACGCGCGUAUGGAUUCGGCACUCUUCUUCACAUCGUCGAAAACUGAGCAGCUUUUCGCGUAUUAUCAGUGCUGGAUCUGUGAAGAGAAGACGCACACAUGUCAGACACUAUGGAACAAGUCUCUGAUGAAAUGGCCAACCUUCAGCUGGCGGAGCGGUCAGUGCAAGAUGACUUUCCCAAUCUGAGUGAGCACAACAACCACAUGGCCAAGUUGUUAACUAUGGACAUGUACAGCAAACUGAGGGAGAAAUGUACCCCCAAUGGCUUCACCAUCGACGAUGUCAUUCAGACAGGAGUGGAUAACCCAGGUCAUCCCUUUAUCAUGACUGUGGGCUGCGUGGCUGGCGAUGAGGAGUCAUACGAAGUCUUCAAAGACUUGAUGGACCUUGUGAUUCAGGAAAGACAUGGAGGUUACAGACCAUCAGGCAUCCACAAGACUGACCUCGACCCAGAAGAACUGAAGGGGGGCGACGACCUCGACCCCAACUAUGUUCUGAGCGCCCGCGUACGAACAGGCCGAAGCAUUCGGGGUUAUUGCUUGCCACCACACUGCAGCCGGGGAGAGCGACGUGCUGUGGAGAGGAUCACACUUGAAGCCCUGGAGUCACUAAAUGGAGACCUGCAAGGGAAAUACUACGCCUUGAAGAACAUGACUGAGGAGGAGCAGCAGCAGCUGAUUGAUGACCACUUGCUUUUUGACAAGCCAGUGUCUCCUCUGCUGCUGGCCUCAGGGAUGGCCCGUGACUGGCCUGAUGGCAGAGGCAUCUGGCACAAUGACGACAAGACAUUCCUGGUUUGGGUGAACGAGGAGGACCAUCUACGAGUUAUCUCCAUGCAGAAAGGCGGCAACAUGAAGGAAGUGUUCACUCGCUUCUGCACCGGACUCAAAGAGAUGGAGUCAUUGUUCAAAGAAAAAGGAGAAGAAUUCAUGUGGAAUGAGCACCUUGGAUACAUUCUAACUUGUCCAUCCAACCUGGGUACUGGCCUGCGUGCUGGUGUACAUGUGAAACUUCCAAAUAUGAGCCAACACCCCGACUUUGAGGAAGUACUUCAGCGGCUGAGACUCCAGAAACGUGGAACUGGCGGAGUAGACACUGAUGCCGUGGAUGGAGUCUUUGACAUCUCUAACGCUGACAGACUGGGCUUCUCUGAGGUGGAGCUGGUGCAGAUGGUUAUCGAUGGGGUCAAGGUGCUGGUAGAGAUGGAGAAGAGACUGGAGAUACAAGAGCCAAUUGAUAACCUCAUGCCUAGCGUCCAGAGAAUCUCAAAAGAACCUGAGGAAAAGCCUCAGCCUGAGCCAAAGAAGCUGUCAGCUGAGGAGGAGUUCCCAGAUCUCAGUCAGCACAACAACUACAUGGCCAAGUACUUAACCUUAGACAUGUACAAAACACUGAGGGAGCGCACUACAGCCAAUGACUUCACUAUAGAUGAUGUCAUCCAGACAGGCGUGGACAAUUCUGGUGACCCUUUUAUCAUGACGAUGGGAUGUGUGGCUGGAGAUGAGGAGUCAUAUGAUGUCUACAAAGACAUGAUGGACCUUGUGAUUCAGGAUAGACAUGGAGGUUACAAACCAACUGACAAGCACAAGACCGACUUAAAUCCAGAGAAACUAAAGGUGCAGCAGUGUGUCACCAGGACCUUGAUAAUAUUGCAAAUACAGAACUGACAAUGUUCACGAUUGUUUUCUGUUGUGCCUCCUAAGGGAGCCGAGGACCUUGACCCCAACUAUGUUCUGAGUUCCCGUGUCCGCACUGGUCGCAGCAUCCGUGGCUUCUGCCUGCCGCCACAUUGCAGCCGUGGAGAGAGACAUGCUGUGGAGAAGCUCUCCAUCCAAGUUCUGGAAUCACUGACUGGAGACCUAAAAGGGAAAUACUAUGCAUUAAAGGACAUGACGGAAGCUGAGCAGCAGCAGAUGAUACAUGACCACUUCUUGUUUGAAAAGCCAGUGUCCCCUCUGCUGCUGGCCUCAGGGAUGGCCCGAGAUUGGCCCGACGGCAGGGGCAUAUGGCAUAACGAAUACAAGACGUUCCUGGUGUGGGUGAAUGAGAAGGACCAUCUGAGGGUGAUCUCAAUGCAAAAAGGAGGCAACAUGACGGAAGUGUUCACUCGCUUCUGUGAUGGACUUGCAGAGAUGGAGUCCUUGUUCAAGACGAAAGGUCAUGUAUUUAUGUGGAAUGAGCACCUUGGCUACAUUCUGACUUGUCCAUCCAACCUGGGAACUGGUCUGCGCGCAAGUGUUCAUGUGAAGCUGCCAAACAUGAGCAAGCACCCAGAGUUUGAUGAGGUUCUUAGGAGACUGAGGCUGCAAAAACGUGGAAUAGGUGGUGGGGACACAGCUGUUGUGGAUGGAGUCUUUGACAUCUCCAACAUUGACAGACUGGGUUACUCUGAGGUGAAACUGGUCCAGAUGGUGGUCGAUGGGAUCAGGGUGCUGGUAGAGAUGGAAAAGAGGCUGCAAAUGGAUGAGUCCAUUGACGACCUAAUGCCCAGCAACAUUGAGCUGAAGGGUUUGACAGCUCAGGACGAGUUCCCAGAUGUCAGUAAGCACAACAACCACAUGGCCAAAAUAUUAACUUUGGAGAUGUAUAAGAAGCUGAAGGAUCGCACAACUCCCAAUGGCUUCACCAUUGAUGAUGUCAUCCAGACAGGCGUGGAUAAUCCAGGUCAUCCCUUCAUCAUGACAGUAGGCUGUGUGGCUGGAGAUGAGGAGUCUUAUGACGUCUUCAGAGAGCUGCUGGACCUUGUGAUUGAAGAGAGACAUAGAGGUUACAAAGCCAAAGACAAUCACAAGACUGAUCUCAACCCAGAUAAUCUGAAGGGGGGUGAUGACCUUGACCCAGAAUAUGUUCUGAGCUCCCGAGUCAGAACAGGCCGCAGCAUCCGUGGUUUCUGUUUGCCACCACUGUGCAGUCGUGGAGAGAGACGUGCCAUUGAGAAGCUCUCUGUUGAAGCCCUGGACUCACUGAGUGGAGACCUACAGGGAAAAUAUUACGCCUUGAAGAACAUGACCGAGGAAGAACAGCAGCAGCUGAUUGAUGACCACUUGCUGUUCGACAAGCCAGUGUCCCCUCUGCUGCUGGCUUCAGGGAUGGCCCGUGACUGGCCUGACGGUAGAGGCAUCUGGCACAAUGAAAACAAGACAUUCUUAGUGUGGGUGAAUGAGGAGGACCAUCUGCGAGUGAUCUCCAUGCAGAAAGACAGCAACAUGAAGGAAGUGUUCACUCGCUUCUGCUGCGGACUCAAAGAGAUUGAGUCCUCGAUUAAGCAGAAAGGCGAAGCAUUCAUGUGGAAUGAACACCUUGGCUACAUCCUGACUUGCCCCUCCAAUCUAGGCACUGGUCUACGUGCCGGUGUGCAUGUGAAGCUGCCAAACAUGAGCAAGCACCUUGAGUUUGAGGAAGUUCUUAGGAGGCUGAGGCUCCAGAAACGUGGAACUGGUGGCGUCGACACAGAUGCUGUGGACGGGGUUUUUGACAUUUCCAAUGCCGACAGGCUGGGUUUCUCUGAGGUGCAGCUAGUCCAGUUGGUGGUCGUUGGAGUCAAGCUGCUAGUAGAGAUGGAGAAAAGGCUAGAGAAGGAAGAGCCCUUUGAUGACCUAAUGCCAUCUGACCUUCAGCUUAAUGUGUUCUCUGCUGAGGAAGAGUUCCCAGAUCUCAGUCAGCACAACAACCACAUUGCAAAGUCCUUAAGCCUGGAAAUGUACAAGACGCUGAGGCAGCGUUGCACCCCUAAUGGCUUUACCAUAGAUGAUGUUAUUCAGACAGGUGUAGAUAAUCCAGGUCACCCCUAUAUCAUGACUGUGGGCUGUGUGGCUGGAGAUGAGGAGUCAUACCAUGUCUUCAAAGACUUGAUGGACCUUGUGAUUCAGGAAAGACAUGGAGGAUACAAAUCAAGAGAUAUGCACAAGACUGACCUGGACCCAAAUCACCUAAGGGUAAAGCAGCAUUUUACCAACCAUUUUAAGACUAAUAUUUGAUUGGUAUGGCCGAAAAACCCAAUGUCUGCUCUGCCUUCCAAGGGGGGCGACGACCUGGACUCGAAGUACGUUCUGAGCUGCCGAGUCCGAACAGGGCGCAGCAUCCGUGGUUUCUGCUUGCCGCCACUGUGCAGUCGUGGAGAAAGGCGUGCUUUGGAGAAGCUUUGCAUUGGAGCUCUAGAUACACUAUCUGAAGACCUUAAGGGGACAUAUUAUGCCUUGAAAAGUAUGACAGAGGCUGAACAGCAGCAGCUAAUCGAUGACCACUUCCUGUUUGACAAGCCAGUGUCCCCUCUACUGGUGGCCUCAGGGAUGGCCCGUGACUGGCCUGAUGGCAGAGGCAUCUGGCACAAUGACAACAAAACAUUCCUGGUGUGGGUGAACGAGGAGGACCAUCUGCGAGUGAUUUCAAUGGAGAAGGGUGGCAACAUGAAGAACGUGUUCAGUCGCUUUUGCACUGGACUCAAAGAGCUCGAGGAUGUGAUUAAGGAGAAAGGUGAGGCCUUCAUGUGGAAUGAGCAUCUCGGCUACAUCCUGACUUGCCCCUCCAACCUGGGUACUGGUCUGCGUGCUGGUGUACACGUAAAACUUCCAAACAUGAGCAACCACCCCAAGUUCGAGGAGGUUCUUAAGAAGCUGAGGCUCCAAAAACGUGGAACCGGUGGCGUGGACACAGCUGCUGUAGAUGGAAUCUUUGACAUAUCAAAUGGCGACCGACUCGGCUUCUCAGAGGUGCAGCUUGUCCAGAUUGUGGUUGAUGGUGUCAAGUUGCUGGUGGAUAUGGAGAAGAAGCUGGAAAAGGGUGGCUCCAUCAACUCCCUGAUGCCUGGUAAACUUAAGAUGAGGAAGCUUUCACCUGAGAACGACUUUCCAGAUCUCACUAUGCACAACAACUACAUGGCCAAGUUUUUAACACUGGAUCUGUAUAAAACACUGAGUGAGCGUAAAACCCCUUAUGGCUUCACCAUUGACCGCAUCAUCCAGCCAGGCGUGGAUAAUCCAGGUACCCCAUUCACUAUGUCUCUGGGUUGUGUGGCUGGCGAUGAGGAGUCGUAUGAGGUCUUCAAAGAGCUGCUGGACCUUGUCAUUGAGGAUAAACAUGGAGGUUAUAAACCAACAGACAUGCACAAGAGUGAAUUCAACCCUGACAGCCUCGUGGUAAAGCAGAGUUCUUUCUUAAUCAUAAAGACACAUUGUGUAAGGAUUUGUACUGUAAUUCUUGUUUCGCCCAAGGGGGGUGACGACCUUGACCCCAACUAUGUUCUGAUUUCCCGUGUCCGAGCGGGUCGCAACAUUCGCGGCUUCCGCUUGCCGCCACAUUGCACCCGUGGAGAAAGGCGUUUUCUAGAGCAGGUCUCCAUCGAAGUUUUGGGAUCACUAACUGGAGAUCUGAAUGGGAAAUACUUGUCAUUGAAGAGCCUUUCAGAAGCUGAGCAGCAGCAGAUGAUAGACGACCACUUGCUGUUUGAGAAGCCAGUGUGUCCUCUGCUACUGUCCUCAGGGAUGGCCCGUGAUUGGCCUGAUGGCAGAGGUGUCUGGCACAAUGAUGGGAGUACAUUCUUGGUGUGGGUGAAUGAAGAGGAGCAUCUAAAAGUGAUCUCCAUUGAGAAAGGUGGCAACAUGAAGGCAGCGUUGACUCGCUUCUGCAGUGGAAUUCAAGAGGUCGAGUCCAAGCUCAAUGAGAAAGAGCUUGAAUUCAUGCGGAAUGACCACUUAGGCUACAUCUUGACUUGCCCAUCCAACCUGGGCACUGGUCUGCGUGCUGGUGUGCAUGUGAAGCUGCCCAACAUGAGCAAACGCCCUGAGUUUGAGGAUGUUCUUAAAAGGCUGAGGCUUGAGAACCGUGGAACUGUGGGGGUGGACACUGCGGCAGCUAGUGGAGUCUUUGACAUCUCCAAUGCUGACAGAAUGGGCUUCUCUGAGGUGCAGCUGGUGCAAGUGGUCGUGGACGGCAUAAAGGUGCUCGUGGAGAUGGAGAAGAGGCUUGAGAUGGAAGAGGGUAUUGAUGACCUGAUGCCCAUCCAGAAGUAGAACCACUGACAACUUGACUUUACACCGAUCUGAUCGGCUUGAUCGGUAUCGGCCGAUAAUUAGCAUUUUAUGCUGAUCGGCUUUAAUGACAUAAUUCGCUAAUCUGAUCAAUGACGUCCGCAAAAGACAUUUACUCCGCGCCACCGUCGUGUACAGUAUUUGAAUAUUUGAAUCCAAAAGCUAGUUGAUUUUUAGCCUUGUCGCGUGUAUUAUGAGGUCUUUUACGAUCACUGGGCUUUAUCUUGUCAACUCAAACGCGACCGGAUACAUUCGUUACCAUGGCUACGGCGACAAUGGAUCGCGCCGCGUGUAUUAGAAGAACAAAAUGGGGAAAAACGCAUGGUGGUAGUCACAGAUGCUCGGAAGAAGACGUUCAUGCAACGAUACCUUGAUGUAUGUUCACGUACUUUUAAUACGGCUCACAAGUAGCCAACAAAACGUGAUGUAGCCUAGCAAGCUAGUGCUAGCACGAACGGUUGUACGUUAACAUGCCAGCAUUUUGUCGACUCAUGCUGUAAAGUUUCGAUGUGAAAUAAUUACAGUAAUUACAGUAAGGUAGCGCCCAUUAUUUCUGUCAUGUAAUGUUGCUUUGACCUGACAAGAACACAUGGAGCGACUAGCGAAUACUUUUAAAAAAAAAAAAACAAUUUAAAUGACUUGUUUGUCAUUUAAAUAGACACAUUACGCCAUCUUGUGAUCGGAUCGGUUAUCGUUUUUUUAAACUAUGAUCGGCCCCAAAAAUCCUGAUUGUGUAAAGCCUACUGACAACUCUCCUCAGUUUACUUUAGUGUUUCCAGCCAAGCAUUUUGUCUCAAUUUUCUGUUCAUGGUUUGUCUUUCAAACAUUUCUGUAGUAUUCUAAAACUGUGAAACUGUUAAGAUGAACGUGAAAUAAAGUGAUUCACCCUUAGAA